UUUCCUUCCCUACGGGGUCCCUUGGAGGACUCCGUCUCUAUGGUUCUUGGCCGUCUCUAUGGUUGCCGUGCUCCUCUCUGGGGUUGGUUUGUGCGCUUGGAGGUCCAGGUCAUCUCUAUGGUUCUUGUUCGUCUCUAUGGUUCUCAUUCGUCUCUAUGGUUCUUGUUCAUCUCUAUGGUUCUCAUUCGUCUCUAUGGUUCUCCUUCGUCUCCAUGGUUCUUGUUCCUGUCUAUGGUUCUCAUUCGUCUCUAUGGUUCUCAUUCAUCUCUAUGGUUCUCCUUCGUCUCCAUGGUUCUUGUUUCUCUCUAUGGUUCUCGUUCGUCUCUAUGGUUCUUGGCCGUCUCUAUGGUUGCUGUGCUCCUCUCUGGGGUUGGUUUGUGCGCUUGGAGGUCCAGGUCAUCUCUAUGGUUCUUGUUCAUCUCUAUGGUUCUCUUUCAUCUCUAUGGUUGUUUUCUAUGCUGGAGGUCCAGUUCGUCUCUAUGGUUCUCGUUCGUCUCUAUGGUUGUUUUCUAUCUUGGAGAUCUCAUUUGUCUCUAUGGUUCUUGUUCGUCUCUAUGGUUCUCAUUCAUCUCUAUGGUUCUCAUCUCUAUGGUUUUUGUCUGUCUCUAUGGUUGUUCUGGUGCUCUCUAGGGUUGUUUUCUAUGUUGGAGGUCUCGUUCAUCUCUAUGGUUCUCAUUCAUCUCUAUGGUUCUUGUUCAUCUCGAUGGUUGUUCUUUGUGUUGGAGGUCUCAUUCGUCUCUAUGGUUCUCGUUUGUCUCUAUGGCUCUUGUUCGUCUCUAUGGUUGUUUUCUAUGUUGGAGGUCCAGUUCUUUGUGGUUCUCAUUCGUCUCUAUGGUUCUUGUUCAUCUCUAUGGUUGUUUUGUGUGCUUGGAGGUCCAGUUCGUCUCAAUGGUUCUUGUUCAUCUCUAUGGUUUUUGUAUGUCUCUGUGGUUGUUCUGCUUCUUUCUAUGGUUGUUUUCUAUGUUGGAGGUCUAUUUCGUCUCUAUGGUUCUUGUUCAUCUCUAUGGUUCUCACUCAUCUCUAUGGUUCUCAUUGGUGCUCUGUCUCAAGUCCUCCAGUCUCUCUCUAUGGUUUUAUUUUCCCUCUCUCUGGUUGUCGGCUCUCUCUCCCCAGUCCUCCAACCCCUCCCUAUGAUCAUCCCUUCCCUCUCUAUGGUUGUUGGUGUUCCCUAUGGUCCUCCAGUUCCUCUCCAUGGUCCUCCAGUCCCUCUCUAUGGUUGUUGGCACUUCCUAUGGUCCUCCAGUCCCUCUCUAUGGUCCUCCAAUCCCUCUCUAUUGUCUUCCCUUCCCUCUCCAUGGUCCUUUAGUCCCACUCUCAGGUCCUCCAGUCCCUCUCCAUGGUCUUCCCUUCCCUCUCCAUUGUCCUCCAGUCCCUCUCCACGAUCCUUCAGUCCCACUCUCUGGUCCUCCAGUCCCUCUCUAUGGUUGUUGGUGCUCUCUAUGGUCCUCCAGUUCCUCUCUCUGGUCCUCCAGUCCCUCUCCGUGGCCCUCCAGUCCCUCUCUAUGGUUGUUGGCGCUUCCCUAUGGUCCUCCAGUCCCUCUCUAUGGUCCUCCCACCCCUCCCCACAGUCCUCCAAUCCCCUCUCUGGUUCUCCAGUCCUUCUCUAUGGUCUUCCCUUCCCUCUCCAUGGUCCUCCUGUCCCUCUGUCUGGUCCUCCCACCCCUCCCCACAGUCCUCCAAACCCCCUCUCUGGUCCUCUAAUCCCUCCCUAUGGCAGUCGGCGCUCUCUCCCCAGUCCUCCAACCCCUCUCUAUGAUCCCAAUC